AGCGCAGAGCGCCGUGGGACCGAGCGAUGGGUCUGCUUUCAGAGCUGAAGCUGGCCGUGCCCUGGGGCCACAUUGCUGCCAAAGCCUGGGGCUCCGCGCAGGGCCACCCGGUUCUCUGUCUGCACGGCUGGCAGGACAAUGCCAACUCCUUUGACAGACUCAUCCCUCUUCUCCCGCAAGACUUUCACUAUGUGGCCAUGGAUUUUGGGGGUCACGGGCUCUCGUCCCAUUACAGCCCAGGUUUCACAUACUACUUCCAAAACUUUGUGAGUGAGAUCCGAAGGGUGGUAGCAGCCUUGAAGUGGACUCAGUUCUCUGUGAUUGGCCACAGCUUUGGUGGCAUUGUGGGUGGCACAUUUUCCUGCAUGUUCCCCGAGAUGGUGGACAAGCUCGUCUUGCUGGACUCAAUACCAUUCAUCUUGGAUUGUAACGAAAUGGAGAAUAUACUAACCUACAAGCGGAGAGCCAUAGAGCGCCUGCUGCAGGCGGAGGACUCCCAGAAGCCGGCGAGCGUGCUCAGCCCAGAGGAGAUGCUGCAGGGGUUCCUGAAGAACAAUUUUCAUGUGAGUGAGGAGUGUGGGAAACUCCUCCUGCAGAGAGGAACCACCAAGGUGGGUACAGGUCUGGUGCUGAACAAAGACCGGAGGAUCUCCUUGGCAGAAAACACUGUUGACUUCAUCAGCAAGGAGCUAUUCGUGCACUCUGUCAGAUGCCUGCAAGCCCGUGUGCUGCUGAUCAAAGCAACACAAGGAUUCUAUGAGGUGAGAAGAAAACAUGAUGACAAAAAGGAGUCCCUGCUCUUCGUGAAGGACACGUUGAGCUCUGUCCUAAAAGAGAGGUUCCAGUAUGUGCAAAUCCCCGGCAGUCGCUGCGUGCAUAUGAAUGAGCCCCACCUUGUGGCUGGCAUCACCAGCUGCUUCCUGCAGAGCUAACAGGAUCCCAGAGCUACGGCUUCAGAGACCUUGUGCUUCCAGCUCCACUCGCCUUCCGAGCGCCCCAGCCCUGCCAGGCACAUUUCUGGUGGUCUUGAACACAAGGUGGGCAGCAGAGGAUCCUGAGGCGGAGCUGCUGACUCUUACAUCUGUGACUUCAAGAGAACCGUGUCUAGACCCGGGGGCUGUUUGGUAGCUAGUGAGCUGCUGGUGGUUGAAGCAGCAGGGGGGGAAUAAAAGCUAACUUCCUCACUGCUCUUCAGGCCGUUUCACUGCCAA